AUGCCAACAGCCAGGCAAUUUGAUCAGAUUCCCCCCUUUCCCUCCGACACGCCCUCGAUUCCUCUACCGAAAGUAUCACUCCAGGAGCUACAAGGGAAAAGCAAAGUAGAGGCUAGUCGCCUGUUUGAAGCCUGCCGCGAGUGGGGCUUUUUCUUGCUGGAUCUGAAGAACUCAUAUGAGGGCGAGGUCCUAUUACAAGAUGCAGAGAAAAUGUUUCUUCUCACUGCCGAGACUUUUGCCCUCGAUCAGUCCAUUCUCGACAGUUAUGCUUACCAACCACCCCACGACCUCACUGGGUAUAAGCAAAAAGGGAAACUGAAGACGGACGACGGGAAGACGGAUUGCAUGGAACUAUACUCUAUCAACCAAGACGACAUGCUUGGCAACUGUCCUUUUCGCAAGAACGUUGGACCUAUCGAAGACAAGCGAGCCGACAUUUGCGAGUUCAUUAAACAUGCUCACUCGGUCGCGGACGUGAUUCUGGCCCGACUCGAUGAGCAGCUGGGUCUCGAGCCCGGAACGCUCAGCGCGCUCAGCCCGCUGGAUGAGACAUCAGAAACCUCUGUCCGUCUGCUUCUUGCGCAGCCACAAGCCAGCCCCCAAUACGACUGCAUCACGCUCGGCGGCCACACAGACAUCGGCACCAUCACGCUGCUAUUCAAUGCAGUGGGCGGCCUGCAGAUCCUUCCGGCAGGCUGUGAAAACGCAAUGGCCAACUGGCGCCAUGUCAAGCCGGAGCCGGGGUGUGUCAUUGUAAACAUUGGAGACACGAUUGUGGAAUGGACGGGGGGACUGCUUCGCAGCUCGUUGCAUCGUGUGAUAACGGCUCCUGGCUCGCAAGCAUCGGUCCCACGAAGGAGCGUGGCAUAUUUGGUUCGCGCUCGGAGCAGUGCCUCGAUGCGCAGGCUUAGUGGAGGCCUGAUUCCUCCAAUAGCUGCGGGUGAGACGCAUGAGCUCCGUGGUGUGAAUGAAUGGGCUGCAUGGCGGACGACGCAGAUUAUCCGGGGCGAACUCAAGCCGCAGACGAGGGGAGGCAACGUGAGGCCGAUGAACAGUUGA